AUGCCUCUCCUUCCCCAAGCAGCUCAACGGGAACUAAACAUCUUGAACAUAGCGAAAGAUGGACGGGAUAUGUACGCGGUGAGAUGUCGUGAUGCAAAGGAGUACAGACGAGGUCUAGCCUUACUGAAAGCUCAGCAAAUCGAUCAUAUUGUGGUCGAUACUGAUCCUAAAAGAGUUAGACAAUUGGCCAGAGCUGAUUUUGAGCUAUUUGAUAUGGAGGAUUUUUACUACAAUCGUGUCAACAUGAGUGGCUGGAGACUAGUAGAUAGAGACUCCGAUAAAGUGAAGGAGUCUCUCCAAGUUAUGGAGAAGUUCCAUCCCAUUGGAGCGUCCAUCAUCAGCGGGGGACAUAUUAAGACGGAACCAGCUCUCCUAUACGACGCUGUUCAGAUCUUGUGCCAGGCUCUCGCCAUCACUGAAGACUUCCACCCAGGAAAUGUGUCUUGUGAUAAGGACAUACCAUGGAACCAUGGGAAAACUAUUUACGAUAAUAUUAAUAAUAUCCAAGCGCACGGCCUCACGGGACCAAUAGAAUUCAAGAAUGGAGUCCGAACGAACUUCCACCUUCAGCUUAUGAGGUUGACUGGGGGAGAAAAGGGGGGUAUGGUGGUGUCUGGACAUUGGACCCCGGGGGAAGGUCUGGCGAUAACAGACCCCGCUGCGUAUACCCGAGAUCCCCCACCAAAUGUUACUCUGACUGUGGUCACUGUUGAGGAAAAACCCUACGUCAUGGUGAAAGAAGGAUGGAAUUUGCAAGGGAACGCGCGGUUCGAGGGGUUCUGCAUAGAUCUUCUGGCCAGGGUGGCUGCGAGAGCUGGUUUCCACUACCGUCUCCGGCUGGUGCCUGACAAUAUGUAUGGGGCUAGAGAUCCUGAUACUGGACAUUGGAAUGGAAUUGUCAGGGAGUUGAUGGAUAGGGUCGGCAACGCACUCGUAACUCCUCCGUUGCGGGUGUCCAUGGGCGGCGCUGAUUGCGUACCAUCAGGUAAUCCGUCCACAAGCACCCACGUGUGUGGUCAUGAGACGAAACUCCUGACGAACCAGUUCAACGUGUGCAACUCCUUCUGGUUCAUCACAGGCACCUUCCUGAGGCAAGGGUCUGGUCUGAACCCCAAGGCGACUUCCACCCGUAUAGUCGGUGGCAUAUGGUGGUUUUUCACCCUGAUCAUCCUAUCAUCGUACACUGCGAAUUUGGCCGCGUUUCUAACAGUUGAACGGACGGUACUGCCAAUACAGAGCGCUGCAGACCUCGCUGCGCAGAGCAGCAUUCAAUACGGCACCCUCAACGGAGGAUCCACCAUGUCAUUUUUUAGGGAUUCCAACAUAGACAUAUACCAGAAGAUGUGGCUUCACAUGUCCAGUGCCUCCCCUCCGGCCCUGGUCUCGUCCUACGAGGAAGGAGUGAGGAGAGUUCUUGCGGGAAACUAUGCCUUCCUCAUGGAAUCCACCAUGCUAGACCAUAGGGUCCAAAGGGACUGCAAUCUGACGCAAAUUGGAGGACUCUUAGAUUCAAAGGGUUACGGCAUAGCAACAUGGAAGGGAAGUCCAUGGAGAGAUAAAAUCUCUUUAGCCAUCCUAGAAUUACAGGAGAAAGGAGUUAUACAAAUAUUAUACGAUAAAUGGUGGAAGAAUACGGGAGAUGUCUGCAAUAGAGAUGGAAAAGACAGCAAGGCAAACCCUUUGGGUGUACAAAACAUCGGUGGAGUAUUCGUGACAUUACUGUGCGGGUUGGCUCUGGCGAUAGUGGUGGCGAUACUCGAGUUCUGCUGGAACACGAAGAAGAAUGCCAGCCAGGGGAGGCAGUCACUCUGCAGUGAGAUGGGUCAGGUGACUUACGUGCGAGUGUUCUUAGCCAUUUUUGACGAAAAUCGGUUGAGCCGUUUAGAAGUUAUGGGGGGAGCUAAGAACAGCUAUGCGAGGCGGCUCCUCAAGCAGAACAGUAUUAAGACCUGGAUGUUCCAGGUGCUCGCCAGCCACACACGUGCCUCCAUCUACUUCUAG